AUGUGUAUCGGGACAGCAGAGAACUUGGUUCGACGCGGCCCCGCCCGGAAAUCGAGGCGCCCGAGUUUGGAGGAGCUGUUGACCUCCGCUGCAGAGGCGGCGCGCGCAGCUCCCAACCGUGCGGCGAAGCGACGCGUUCGCCAAAGAUUGCACAAGAAGCUCGGGGCCAUGCUAACGAUCGAGGAGUUUGAGCAAGCCAUGGACCGGUUUCAAGUGAUGGUCGAAGACGCCGAGGAGCCCAGGACCGGGGGGCAGCUGCUGCCCAGAGCCGGGGUUUCCUCUGUGCCGGUGCUGCUGGUGCCCGUUGCGACACCCAUGCAGGUCUUACGGCCGCAGCCGCCGCAGCCCGCACCUGUCAACAAGCAGGCCUUUUCGCAGGAGCGUUGGCCUCUGGCUUUCGCGCCCAAGACGUGUUUCAGAAUUCGCAUGCUGAAGGUGGACUCUUUCGCCAUGUGCCUGGGAGUUGCCGAGAUCGAAAGCGCCACAGCCGCGACCGUUCAAGAGAUCCUCGUCUCGGCAGCCACAGCGAGUGCUGAUGCAGCGUUGAAGAUAGACAAACUCCAGCAGCAAUGGAUGAAAGUGGCCCCCGACAAUGGGGGCCGGGGGCGUCUAAAAGAAGUCCCGACAGCAGAUCGCAUAACAAUACGCCAAUACAAGCAAAGAAAGGACGCAGUGAAGAACAUGAAGCCAAAGAAGAAGAAGAAGUAG